AUGGCUAUCCGCUCUUUGACAUGGCAUGCCUCGGCCUGCCUUUUGCUGCCAAUGGCUUUUGCGCAGUCUGUAAAUGUUCCCAACUCUGCUGACUUCCCUCUUCGUAUUUGGCAGACCAGUCCAGCCGUGAAUUGGAACGAUUCGUUUCUGAUCGGAAAUGGGCGCGUCGGCGCCGUUGUGCCUGGUAGUGCACAAGUUGAUACUAUGCACUUUAAUGAAAACUCAUUAUGGUCUGGGGGUCCCCUGCAAAGGGUGAAUCCGUCUGCUGCGUCCCAAAUGUCCAAUAUCCAGUCUUAUAUUCAGCGAGGCAUCACAGAGGAUCCCUCGUCGAUUGAGGAUGCCGCAAAUCUCGUGAGCUUUGCCUAUGCAAGCACACCAGUUUCCACCCAACAUUACGACCCGUUACUGGACUUUACUGUUUCCAUGAGCCACGGAAGCAAUAUUGGUCACUAUGAGCGCUGGUUAGAUCUUGGAGAUAGUACUACCGGCGUAUACUACACUGUCGAUGGUGUUGCCUACGAACGGGAGUUGUUAGCCAGCCAACCUGCUGACUUGAUCGCCAUACGAAUUGCGGCAAACCAGUCCGGUGCUGUAUCCUUCAAUAUUCAUCUUGAUCGACUGGGAUCUUCGCUCAACCGAUGGGAGGAUUACACGGAACCAGUUGGAGGUGACACGACAGUUCUGGGAGGCGGCAGUGGAGGAUUGAACCCUAUCACUUUCGCUGCUGGCGCGCGAGUUGUAGCCUCUGGGGGAACGGUUAAGACUCUGGGCGACUAUGUUAUUUGCACCAAUGCCACCGAGGCAUACAUUUAUUUCCAAGCCUGGACCGACUACAGAAAGAAAGAUCCCAAGGCUGCGGUCUUGAGCGAUCUGGCUGCUGUUUCGCAGCCUUACAGUGUUAUCCGAGCUGCACAUGUCAAGGACUAUCAAUCUUUUGCCAAUCGCACCUCGCUGAAUCUGGGUACAUCUUCGGCCGCCCAAAAGAAGAUGUCGACCGCUGACAGAAUGACGGCCAUGCAAAAUGGGUCGUUUGAUCCUGAAAUGGCAUCGCUGUAUUUUGAGUUUGGAAGGUAUCUUCUCAUCUCAACCUCGCGAGCCACGGAAAAGGCACUGCCGCCAAAUCUCCAGGGAAUCUGGAAUAGUGACUUUGACCCUAUGUGGGGAUGCAAGUACACGACGGACAUCAAUCUUCAGAUGAAUUAUUGGCCAUCACUUGUAACCAAUCUUGCAGACCUGACGGCUCCUCUCUUCAAUAUAAUCAACACCAUGCGGGAAACCGGUGCGGAAACAGCUAGAUUGAUGUAUAACAAGACUGGUAUUGUAGGCCAUCAUAACACAGAUAUGUGGGGCGAUACAGCUCCUCAAGAUAACUACGUGAGCGCGACUUUCUGGCCAAACGGACUGACAUGGACUGCUGCUUGGAUUUACGAGCAGUAUCGGUACACGGGUGAUAAGGCUUUCCUAAAACAGAAUUAUGAGACGCUGACUGACUUGCUGGAAUUCUACUUUGGAUUCCUCACUGAAUACAACGGAUGGAAGGUCACCAAUCCAUCUCUAUCGCCUGAAAACGAGUACUUUCUGCCAAACACAGAGACUUGGGAGGCGUUAAGUCUUGGUCCCACAAUCGACAACUCUUUGAUAUGGGAAUUGUGCGGAAACGUGAUCGAGGCGAGCCAAGAAUUGGGUCUCAAGAACUCCGAGUACUUGAAGCAAGUCCAGGAGCUGCGUGAUCAGCUUCCGCCGCUAAUGAUCAGCUAUUUUGGUGGUAUCCAGGAAUGGAUCGAAGAUUAUAACGAGACUCAACCCGGUAUGCGGCAUUUCUCACCCGUCUAUGCACUGUAUCCGGGUGCCCAGAUAACAUCAGCGAACCUCACCACGUUCGAGGGAGCUAAGGCAACUCUCAUGAGGCGGCUAAACAAUGGUGGUGGUGAUACUGGCUGGAGCCGUGCAUGGUCUAUCUCGCUUGCUGCCCGUUCGUUCCUGCCAGACCAGGUACAUGAUAGCCUUCUCCAGCAACUGACGGUUUAUACCUACCCUACCUCUUUUAUGGAUACCGGUCCACCAGCACCUUUCCAAAUUGAUGGUAACCUUGGGGCUCCAGCAGGAGUGGCAGAGGCAUUAAUACAAAGCCACGAACUGGUUUCAGUCACCACCACAGGUCGAAGCCAGUCAUUUUCCAGUGCAUCAAGUGCGAAAAGCGGUACCCAGCUCACACCUACUUACCUAGGCUAUCCGGGAGACAAGAUUACUCUGCUCCGCCUUCUGCCUGCCCUGCCGUCUGAGUGGGCGGCAAACGGUGGUGGUUUUGCCAAAGGGCUCCUUGCUCGAAGUGGGUUUGAAGUCGACGUAGCCUGGGAUGAUAAAGGAGCUUUGACGAGCGCCAAUAUUACAUCCAUAUUGGGGAAUUCCGUGUGGGUUACUGUGGGCACUGAACCUCUUGGGUCUGAUGGGCCCACGGGCAAUAUCACAGGAAGCAAUAUUCGUGAGGCAAGUGUAGGCUCCGGGCGGUUUUUGCUUCUCAACACGAAGCGGGGCAAGACGUACACUGUAGAAUUGGCAUAG